CUUUAAAAAGCUGAAAACCACCUAGUAUGAAGUUAUGCGUUUCUUCCGGUUUUGUUUUCCAUGCUUUUUACACAAUAAUUCGAAAAUGAUAAAAAGCUGGUAACAUCUGGCAACACGCUCUCUAUGUUGCUUUCGAUUCGUUACACAGCUAACAACUAGUGAAUAAACUAUCAACUCGCUUAAAUCACUGUCGACUAGUAAUAAAACUGUGAAGAAUUUUGGUGCGCUCAAGAAUAAUAAACAAAGUGAAAUAUAUUUAAUAACUGUAAAAAUAGACAAAAAAACAGACAUAAAUAUUUUAGCUUUCUAUCCUAUGACUUUCGAGCUAAAGGUAUUUAACUCGACUCAGAUGCUGGUGUUUUCGCUGUAUGUUGGUUAGCGCACAGACUAUGCUGUCUAGCUCGUAAACCAUUUAAAUAUAUUGAGCAUUAAAUAAUUAUCAAUUCGAAACUAAACAGACAUUCGUACAGAAAAUGGCAACUGAAGAUAAAUCGAGGCGCAAGGCAUGGACGUUUGAUGAAACCAAGUUGUUGCUGAAAUGCUACUCAGCGCGCAGAAAGGAGUUUAUCCAUCGAAGGAAAAAGCGGCUUGCAUAUGCAAAUGUUUUGGAAGACAUGAUAGCGCAAGGUUUCACCGAUCCGACCACAACUGUACUGGGGUUAGAAAAUAAAAUGCGCACAUUGUACGCUUCAUAUAGAGGCGCAAAGGACAACACUGUUAAGCCAGGUACUGGCCUUUGCAUAGUUCCUUACAUGGAAGACUUGGAGGAGAUUUUUGGCAACAGUGCGCCUGUUACUGCGCCAGUUUCCAGUAAUAAUAUUAAUAAAGGAAAUAACACUAUUAGUUUGGGUAUUCCUAAAACACAUACGCUCAAGAAAACUGGACGGGAUAGUUAUUAUACUGAAAAAUUAAAAUUAAAAACGAGAAUCGCAGAAAAAAAACUGGAUGAGAAAAGAAGAUUCCACAAUUCAAUUGUCGAAACUUUAAGAGAUAUUGAAUUAAAAAAACUGGAACUUCUGAAGGAAUCCUUAAAAAAGGAAUCUUCAGGUUAGUUAGGAUGUUUAAUUUAAUAAAUAAAAUGAAUUUGUGUUUUUAGUUUCA